AUGGCAUCGGACAGCGAGGUAAAAACCCUACUGAACUUCGUCAACCUGGCCUCCAGCGACAUCAAAGCGGCUCUGGAUAAAUCGGCUCCUUGUCGCCGGUCGGUUGACCACAGAAAAUACUUGCAGAAGCAGCUCAAGCGGUUUUCUCAGAAGUACUCACGGAUCCCACGGUGCCACCCCAGCAAAACCCCUGAGUGUGGCUGGCGCAGGGGGGCAGAGGACCGGGGCCGCGGCCCCCAGCCCGAGGCACCUGACCCUAGCCCCCACGGUGGGGCUGCCACCGAGAAGGUGCUGCGGACAGCCGAGGUGGAGGAGAGCCUCACCGGGGAACGGGUUUUGCAGGAGCAAAAUCCCGAGGCUGCCAGGCCGGACCAGGUGCCCAUGAGGAAGCGACAGCUCCCCGCCUCCUUCUGGGAAGAGCCACGGCCGAGCCAGAGCCUGCCAGCCAGGGCUUUUCCCACCGGCCCCGAGGGGCUCCCGCUCCCCAGAGACCCUCCUCCCUACGAGGGGAAGAAAAGCAAAUGGAGCCCGGACGCUGCCGGCCCAGAGAGCCCCCCUGAGCCUGCCCCACAUGCUGGGGAGAAGGACCCUGCCGGGGUCCUCGCGGGCCGGGUGGGUGCCUGGACCUGCUGCCCCUUCCCCUGCCCUGGGCCGGGGGUGUACCAGCCCCCGGGCGCGCUGCCCCCGUCGCCAUUCCCGGGGCUGGGGCUCUGGAGGAAGAGUGCAGCCGCCACACUGCCAGUGGAGGUGCCGCACUUCUGCAAGGAGGCCGAUGGCACGGGGCAGAAACUCUACAGGCCCGUGGUUUUGAAACCCAUCCCCACCAAGCCUGCCGUCCCCCCGCCGAUCUUCAACGUUUUCGGCUAUCUUUAG